UCCAUUACGCCCGGGGGAUGAUUGUAGGAUGUGCUGGGGCGGGGAAAACCACGCUACUUAAACGUCUGCUCGGUUGUUGUGAAGAAGAGAUUAAGGAAGUAAAAUCUACUGAGGGCUUGGAGGUGCAUGAAGAAAUAUUUGAAUUGUGUGAAGAAACAAAAUCUUUAGAAGUCAGAUAUAUGGAUCAGAGAACUAAAGAAGAAAAUGCAACAUAUUUUAACACAAAAACUCUGACUUUCUUUGACUUUGGGGGCCAGUCUGCGUACUACGCCUGUCACCAGAUUUACCUGACCAGGAGAGCUUUCUAUGUGGUAGUGGUGGACGCCUCUAAACGUCUUGACCAGGUGGUGGAUCAGAAAGUGUGCGAUCAAGUUGAUAGCGUUUUCGCUGGAUGGACAUACGGAGACUACUUUGUGUUCUGGAUAAAGUCUAUACACACAUAUUGUGGUUCUGACAAUGAAAGGGAGCCAAUGCCAAUAGUUUUGAUUGUAGCAACUCACUGGGAAGAUAAAGAGAGGAUGUUUGAGACCAAAGAUGACCUUAUAAAGAGCUUAAAGCGACAGUUACCAAAAUCAUCUUACCUAUCACAAUACGUAAGGGAAGAUAAUUGCUAUUGCACGCAGCUCUGUUUACCUCUUGACGAGGUGAAGGACUGCUUCUUUUACAUAGCAAACCAAUCACGAUGGGAAGAAAAUAUUCCUAAAGAAUGGUUUUUCUUUGGGAUAGAAAUUAAUCAGAAAAAGCAUUCAGAACGAAUACUGAAGAUCUGGGAUAUAAAAACGAAAGUUCCAGAGAUUACUCCGAAAGGUCAGAAAAAUUCCAAUAAAGUUGAAAAGGAAACUAAAGAUAUGUUACGAUACUAUCAUGAUGCCGGAAAAGCUUUAUAUUUUCCUGAACAUGAUUUGGAAAACAAAGUAAUUAUUGACGUGCAAUGGUUUAUUGACGCCUUCAAACAUAUCAUCACAGACGAACUACAUUUUAAAGACAUUCCUGUCAGCUGGGAGGACUGGGUUGAAUUUUACAAAACAGGUCAUUUGCAAGACAAACUUCUGACAGAUCUCUGGAAACAUAAAGAUGAAGAGUUGUUGGAAUGCUCAGAGAAAGGAGACAAAAACUAUGAUAUCACCGACGUUCCUUAUGGAGAAGAUCAUCGAUAUUUGCAGUAUCAUAGGAAAUCACUUCUUAUGUUCAUGCAAAGACUCGGUUUACUGGUUGUUGGUAAGGAAUACCACUAUGUUCCUUGCAUGAAUCGAAAAGAGUUGGAGGAAAAACUUUUAAAUCUAAUGAACAAUUCAUAUAGUAAAUCAUCUGUUCUUAUUUAUAGAUUUGAAUUUUUACCAUUUUUCUUGUUUUUUCGCCUUGUUGUCGCUUGUAUGCAGGUAGAUGGUUGGAACGUACUCAGAAGCGAUGACACAUCUUGCCUCUACAGAAACGCAGCCUUUUUUUCUUACAUGGAAUACAACAUCGUUUUAUCAGUCACAGAAGAGUCUAUACAAAUUCAAGUAUUCUCUCCAAUGCAAGGGUAUGAUUUAGAAAAAGUGAAAAUUUACAGCAUUCAAGAAAGUGUUGAAGAGAUUUUAAACGAUUUUGCAAGAUCAUUUCACAGAAAAAUAAUGUUUGUAAGAGGCUUUAGAUGUCGAAUGGACAAAGGAAAAACAAUAGCCAUUGAUAUCAAAGAACAUUUCUUACCACAGAAGGACAUACCAAAAAAAGAUGGUAAAAUGAUCUGCCCUUUGCAUCCAUUUGAUCAUCAUAUCAUCAAUACUGCUGAGUUAACUCAAUAUUGGAAAGUUUUAGAAUGAAAAAGAGACUUUCCGGUAGUUUGUAAUGUAAAGACUUAAGAGGUUUUUAAAAAGAUUUUUGUGCGUUUUUUUCUUCGAAACACAUAUCAGACAAUGCAUGUUGUAGGUUUGACAGUUUUCUUAAAAAUGAAAUUCAUCAAUGUAUAUUGUAAGAAAUCGAUAGUUGUUCUUUUCAUUUGUUAACCAUUGGUCAAAAUUAACUUGCAUAUAAAUGUGUUCUAGAAUAUCUGUUUAACAAUAGCAAUUAGACCAUAGAUGUGUGUAUUUUUGCUUUUAAUCAGGCUUUUAUUUGCAUUUUAUCAUAUGCACACGUAGAUGCAUUAUAGAAACAUUCAAAUUAUUCCUCGGGAAAUUGAGACUUUGAAAAAAAAAGAAUGUGAUAAAUUAAAGCCACCCUUGAAAUUAUUAUAAGAUUUUGCAUAAAUACAAAAAAGUGUCCGAUACAUUAAAGUACACCAACACCGCGUUAUCACGUAACUGCUACAUGUAUAGUCAAAUAUUCUUGAAUCAGAAAGGUAACAAAACAACAAUACCCUGGAGUUUAUCAACUACUCUGAGUAAAAAAAAUAAAAUAAUCGGAAAGCAUAUUUUACUUUUUUAAAAAUAGCGCUUGAAUCCCACUUUGUGAAUGCCAUUUUUUAUGAUUAAUUUCCAAGCUACUUGAUGUAAUCUUAUGACGUCAUUGGAAGAAGUUAAAGUGACAAAAACAGUGUAACAAAAUAAUAAUAAUUAUCAUUAUUAUGAAAUAAAAGCACUUUGUUAAUAUUGAAAAAUUGAAAAUUUCUAUACAUUCUCUGAAGUUAAUUACACAAACAAAUUGCCUAUUUUAUGAAAACUUGUGUUUUUUCGUUGAUAUCAUUGCCUUUUACGAUGUCAUACUCUGUCCAUGAUUUAGUCAAGUAAGAAUAUGUUUCCUUAACACAUAUAUGUGAAGCUUAUUGCAUGUUCCUGUUUUGUCAGUGCAGUCAGAAAUAUUGCUUUUUUUCAACUCCAAAACUUUUUUUUUAUAUAAUCGUUCAAAAAAAAAUAAUGAUGUCGAUUUUAAUUCUAUGAUAUGCAUGUACACCUUGUUCUAACUUACCCAGAUUUGUUUUAUUAUUUUUCAAUGAUAUGACUGUGAUAAUUUAUAUAAACAAUUCUUCGCCCUGAUUUCUUUUUUUUUUAUUUCACACCAAACCAGUUUCAAUUGUACUUCAUGUAAAGAAUUUGGAUUAAAA